UCACACUCUCUCACAUUUAAUUGCGGAUUGUACAUUUGUAUUACUGAGGACCACAGUCUGAUUCCCCGGCAAAAAGUCCACGGCAAAAAGCGUGUGGCUGCUUCCUACAGUACCAUGAUUGGCAUGGGCAGGUGGGACAGUGAAACACGAGAGCCAUCUCCAGGGUAUGUGGAAGCUUUCCAGAGGCUGAUCAUGCUGUGUGAGCUGAGCGCCUACCUUUAGAAUCGGAUAGCAAGUGCAGCAGUCAGCUGCUUCUGGGUCACCGGCAAAGGGGGUGGGGUGUCGGCAUAUCAUUAUUCUAAGAUUUUGGAAUACAGCGCUUUCGUUUUUAUGAGGACAAAAAAACCCAGAGACUUUCUAUUAAGCACGCGGGAUCCGCUGAAUAGUAUGGGAGCGCUAUGUUGUCCAGAAAAGGGAUUAUUCCUGAGGAUUUUAUGCCGACACGUUUAGCCGAGGAUGUCUCUCAACCGAAGUUUAGAGCCAAGCAGCGGAAGGCUCGAUUUGUGGCAAAGAAUGGGACCUGCAACGUUGCACAGACGAAUAUCCGAGAGCAGGGACGGUUUCUACAGGAUGUUUUCACCACCCUAGUGGAUUUAAAAUGGCUUUAUACUCUUAUAAUAUUUACUAUGUCGUAUCUUUGCAGUUGGCUGCUGUUUGGUAUGAUUUGGUGGCUUAUUGCCUUUGCACACGGAGACCUGGACCAGAAUAGCGACAGCUUUGUUCCGUGUGUGACGAGCAUUCAUUCGUUUUCUUCGGCCUUCCUUUUCUCUAUCGAGGUGCAGGUGACCAUCGGCUUUGGGGGGCGGAUGAUCACAGAAGAAUGCCCCGCUGCCAUCCUGUGUCUCAUCGUCCAAAACAUCGUGGGUCUUGUUAUCAACGCCAUCAUGUUGGGUUGCAUUUUUAUGAAGACAGCUCAAGCCCAUCGCCGAGCGGAGACCCUUAUUUUCAGCAAACACGCUGUAAUUGCGAUCAGGGACAGCAAACUUUGUUUCAUGCUGCGAGUGGGGGACCUGAGGAAGAGUAUGAUCAUCAGCGCUACCAUAAAAAUGCAAGUAGUUAGGAAGACGACCACUUUGGAGGGGGAGGUCGUGCCCCUUAACCAGAUAGACAUCGAGAUGGAGAACCCAGUGGGUACCAAUGCGGUCUUUUUGGUGUCGCCCCUUAUUAUAUCCCACGUUAUUGACAAAAAGAGCCCACUGUAUGAGAUAUCGGCUAGUGAUUUGCACCAUGAAGAUCUGGAAGUGAUUGUCAUUUUGGAAGGAGUUGUGGAGACCACUGGUAUCACUACUCAAGCCAGAACGUCUUACUUAGCUGAGGAGAUACUUUGGGGGCAGCGGUUUGUACCUGUAGUCUCAGAAGAAGAGGGAAGAUACUCGGUGGACUACUCAAAGUUUGGAAACACCAUGAAAGUAGCUACCCCCAGCUGCAGUGCUAAAAAUCUUGACCAAGAUGGAAGUCUCUUAAAAGUAAAACUCCAUGACUCUUUGACGCAAAAGGAUUUCGUGAGAAAAAGAACCAAUGCCUCAAUCCGACUCAAACAAAGAAAUGUCAACCAGUAACAAAAAGUAAUGACUAAGAAUAAUACAAAAUAUUAUAUUUUUAGCAGGGUUGAUGCUUUGCUACAAUAUUGUCGUUCACAAAUAUGACAUUUGGUAUCAGAUUAUAAAUCUUCUGGUAUCAAUUUCUGUACACACUAUACAUUUAUUGUAAACCCAUUUUUAAAAAUCAGUAAAAAAAAAUAAAUAAAAAAAAGCAGUCUAACAGGUCAUUUCAGUACAUUUGUCAGUUACCAUAUGUUCUGUAAAUGUUCAGUCAUUUCUUGCGAAUAUAGUCUGUAGUGUUACUGUUACACCUUCCUGCAGUUUGUUCAUAGUUUUACAUAUUUUUUUAACACUGUAAAGAAAUGUAAAAUGUAACUUAAGCUUUAACAUUUACAUGCACUGUAUUUCUCCAAACGUGUUAUACAGCAUGCUUUACAUUUUCAGGAGAUGUUAUCUUGAAUGACUUAUUUUAUAUUUAUUUGUAAUGUUAACGUGCAUAUUUUUGUACAUGAAGGGAUAAAUACAGUAAGUAGCCACUGCAGUAUAUUGCACUGUAUUUAAUACAAGUUGGCGAGAACUUACCUCUGUAGCCUAUAAUAUGCAAUACUGGAGAUAGGUAUCCUCUACAUCCCGCACGCAUUUUCCCGUUUAUAUUCAAAAUAUUUUAUGGUUAUGACUUGUGUAGGAAAACAUUUUUUAUUAUUGACAGUUUUUAAUGCAGCCUCAAUGACUUAACCCUUUCAUACAUGUCCUAUAAUUAUUUAUAUAAUAAAAUGUGCUAUACCUGUAAAAUCAAUUUUAAAUGCAUGUUGUACUACUAAAAAAAGUACUACUCAGGUAAACAAGAAUGUGUUAAUUGUAUUUUUUAAUGUGUAGCAUUGAUUAUAAUCUAUUGUUUAUUGUUUCAUGCAAUGGUGGCAAAGGCCACAGUGGUGAUCUCAAGAGUUAUUGGUUAUUAUAAAACGUACUAUAUUGCAGUGCAGUUGAUUAUACUUUUUUUUAAGAAGUUUAAAUUUCAGAAAAUAAAUUUAAAUUAAAAAAAAUAAUCAAAUGAAAGUUUCAUUUUGCAAAAGAAAAAUACAAUUAGUAAAUCAAAAAUACACUUAUUUAAAAGUCUAUUCAGAAAGAAAAAUAAGCAGUAUUGGAGCCGUUCUAUUUUAUUGCCAAAUGUUUGGCGCCCUCUGCUGAAUUUAUUGGUUUUUGAGUUGCAUGUCAUUGUUUGAUUAAAGAGUUAUAACUCAUGUGCACUGUUAUAUGUUUGUUGGGGACACAGACAAAAAACAAAAACCCUGCCAUAACAAUGUCAGUUUGAUGUUUCAGUGUUAGUGAUCAUCACCUUGAAAAAACAGUAAUCCAAUUGUGAUGAAAGUUGUGUUAAGGACUUUCUUAAUUUAAAUGUAUUUUAUUUGUACAGUGCCUUUCAUACCACAAUAUCUCAAAGCAUUUUACAUGUCAGUUAAAACAGAAAGUAGUAUGCAGUAUCAUGAAGUAGUAAAAAUUACACACACAUGCAUGUACAGUAUGUCAGUCAUAGUGUUCUACUUUCUGAUACUGGGGGGAUGAAAUUCACUGAUAUACCAGUACUUGUUCUUAAUUAUCAACUUUUCAUGAAGUUUCUUGGGGAGAGAUGUCUUUCAUAUUCUUUUAUCUAGUGGGGAUGGUGCUGCUUUAUUUCUGUUAUGCUUUAUUGUAUCUUAAUCCACCUACUAUUGUCUUCUCAUUUCAAGUAUCCUGUAUUCUCAUUACAAAUGGACAGUCUCUCCUGAGUAAAGAUCUCUUUUUUUACUCCA